AUGAACAGCCCCACAAGAGAUGCCCAGGCCCGGAGCCACCGUGAGUGCCUCCUGCCUUCCGUGGCCCGGACCCCCUCUGUCACCCAGAUCACACCAGCCAAGAAGAUAACCUUCCUCAAGCGAGGGGACCCCCAGUUUUCCGGGGUUCGCCUGGCUGUUCACCAGCGCAACUUCAAGAGCUUCGGUGCUCUGAUGGAUGAGCUGUCUCAGCGUGUGCCUCUCUCCUUUGGGGUGCGCUCUGUCACCACUCCCCGGGGCCUGCAUGGCCUCAGUGCCCUGGAGCAGCUUGAAGACGGUGGCUGCUACCUCUGCUCUGAUAAAAAGCCCCCCAAGACCCCUAAUGGGCCAGGCCAGCCACAGGGGAGACGCCCCUCUUCUCAGCAGUCACGGGAUUAUCAAGGCCGGUGUGAGGCUCCGGGAACGUCUUCUUCCUGCAGAGGUCUUAAGGCCCCAAGGAGGAUAAUGCUGGUUAAGAAUGGGGACCCUCUAGUCCAGCAGACAGUGGUUCUCAGUCACAGAAAUACGAGGAACCUAACGGCUUUUCUCAGCAAAGCCUCAGAUCUUCUGCGCUUUCCUGUGAAGCAGGUGUACACAACCAGUGGGAAAAAGGUGGACUCUCUGAAGGGUCUGCUGUGUGGCUCCUCAGUGCUAGUGUGUGCUGGUCAUGAGUCCUUCAGACCUCUGGCAAUGGAAGAUGCCAGAAGAAAUGGGACUGAAACUUUAUCUGGGCAGACUUUAAGGAACAAAAAUGGGAGCUGGGGGCCAAAGGCCAAGCAGAGCGUGAUCCACUCGAGGUCCAGGUCGGGCGGCAGGCGAUUUUCCUUGCUGUCAGAGAAGUCUGGUCUCGGCGACACCCCGGUGUCCCUGCCUCAUACUUGGAUGGGCCCUGCUCCUGACAGGCACCCUCAGGACGCGCCUGCCCAGCUUGGCCCGUUGGUGGCGGGUGAUGACGUGGAGAAGAAGGUCCACGUGAAUGAGGAUGGCAGCCUGUCUGUGGAGAUGAAAGUGUGCUUCCACCUGCUCGGGGAGGACGUGCUCCAGUGGUCCAGGAGGGUCGGGAGAGCCAGUCCCCUCAUGGCAGCCAGAGGGGAGGGCCCUGUCCUGGGGGAGGCAGACUCCCUUCACCGUGUGUGGGAGGGCCACCCUGGGGGCUCCUCAGAACCUGGGGCACGGGGACUAGGGCCCUGCGAGGCAGCAUGCCAGGAAACCUCUGACAGAGGCCAGUGGCAGCCAGGGUCCAGAUAUGAGAUCUGGACGAACCCUCUGUACACCUCGCUGGGAGAGGGGGUGGCCUCUCGGAGGAGGACGGGGCUGACCCAGCAUUACCACUCCAGGAGCCCCUGGAGCCAGGGGGGCGCCGGCAGGAAAAGAAGCAGCAGGGACAGCAUCAGCCUUGCCUCCAGCGACAGGCCCCCCGAAGUCUCUGAGCCAAACUCCUGCUGCUCCAGCUCCCUGGAGGGCAGCGAGGGCAGCUGCGGCCUGCAUCCGGCCUCCGGGCCUGCCUCCCAGAGAGGAGCAGGGCGGGAAGCCGGCAGCACACCCCAGGCUGGUGAGGGCCCGGGAGAGGGAGCUGGCCCCGGUCCAGAGGAAGCAGGGCCGGGCCGCAGGGAGCACCAUGGCUGCCUGAAACCCAGGACCCAAGGUACUGCAGGGGCUCUUUCUGACUCCUCACCGAGAGCUGGGUCUCACGAGGAGUCCAGUGAGAAGGGUGAGCAGCACCAAGGCCACCCAAGCAGGACGAAGGCCAUGACUUCCCGGCGAAAGGCUACCCACGGGGGAGGCUCCUGUUCCCCCACUGUGAGUCCGUCGUCUUUGAGGAAUGAGGACCCACAGGCAGAGGAGAGUGGACAGAGCACUGGGUACCCUCGGGCCAGGGGUGGGCCUGGGAUGGGGCUGCCCCCAGUUCUAGGCCUUUCUGGCUCUGGGGAGGCUGCAGGAGGCUGUUCCCCACCUUCUCCCCGUGCCUCACCCCUGGGUGGGAGAAGAAAGCAGGAGAGUAGAGCCAGUGCUGUGUCCUCACCCAGCAUUUCUGGCCUCAGCCGAGGGGCCCAGAGAGGCCGCCCCAGGCAGCAUGGCAACUGCAGGGACACCCACUGCCCGCUCGACUCACCUGAGUCCAGGCAAGUGCCAGGGCCACCCAGCAAAGGCAGGACCUGCCCAGCUAGCCCAACACCACGCCUUUCUGAAAACGCGUCUAGCACCAGGAACCAGGCCUCCCGGGGCCCAGGGCCGCCCCUCUCUGCCUCUCUUCAUUCCCAGGACACAAAAGGAGUCAGCAAUGCCCCUAUUACCCCUGUGAGCAAUUCUGACUGUACUUCCAAUUUCUACCCUCCAUACUCUCCCUCUGCUGAGACUGAAGGGGACCCUGAAUUCAGAGCGCAUUCACCAGCACCCAUACCUUCCAACACAUCCGACUCUUUCAGCUCCCAAGCUGGUGAAGUGGGUGAAAAGGCAGGGGGCGACGUCCCCAAGCCUUCCUUGCCUUUGGUUCUGCCAGUCCAGCGGCCUGAGGGAGGGAAGCAGGGAGCCCACGGAGGCGGCUGCUGCUCACAAAUCAGCAUAUCCCCGGUCCCCAGGACCCCCGGUGGUAAGACGCCGGCCCUGCAGGCCUCCCGGGCCCGGGGCCACCAGGGUCCCCUCUCUGAGGCCUGCUUGGUGUGCAGCAGGUACUGUCCCACUCCCCCGAGGGCACAGCCCUCUGUCAAGAAACACCCUACGCACAGCAGCAGCCACAGCGAUGGUGACCACAGUGCUGACUGGGGGCCAGGUGGGGGCGAGCGGGGGGAGGAAAAGCUUGACUCGUGCCGCCCACGGCCCCCCAGCUCUCAGUCAGGGACUGCGAGAAGGGGCAGUCCUAGCCUAGGUCCCAGGCCUGGGAGAAUGUUCCAAGGGAAGGUUGCUGGUGGAGGGGAAUGCCUGGAGGAGCAAGAGGAAGGUGGCGGCAUGAUGCCGGUCGCUCUGCCUCAAGUCUCGCCAGAAGCUGUGGUCCGCGAAUGGCUGAGCAACAUCCCGCAGGAGCCCGUGCCCAUGAAAUACGAGAUGGUGGGUGAGAGUACAGAAGUGGCUGCGGACGGCCUGGAAGGCCCCACGGAGGACACUGUUGACAAAUGUUCCCCAGAACGCCAGGAAGGGCCAACUCAGGCUGGACAGCCACUCCUGGAAGAGGCCGCCAGUGAGAAAGCAGAACCGGACGGAGCCCUUCCAGUGACUGGAGAUGCUGGUCCCGAGUCAGGAGAGGGUCUUCCUGGCAGCAGAGAUUCAGAAGCCCCCAAAGAGCCUGGAGCAGGCAAAGGAGCGGCUGUGGACCGUGGUGUGGGCCAGUGUAUGCUUCCCCGCAGGGUCUCCGCCUCCAUACAGAUCAUGAAGGCUCUGAUGGGCUCCAAGCAGGGCCGGCCCAGCAGCCUGCCCGAAGUGUCCAGCGGGAUGGGCAGGAGGCUCAGCCACUCUGCCCAGACCCUCAUCGCCUGUCUCGCCAGCCUCCACUUCUUUGAUGAAGACGUUGGGUCUCCCGCAGGCAAAGUGAGGUUCAUAGACUCACCACGGUACCAGGAGCUCCUGAGCACCUUCCGGGCCCUGUGCCCUGGGUGUGGCCUCCGGCCAGGUGAGCUGGACCCGGGCCUCCAGGAACUUGGCUGGUGCCAGGCUCUGCCGGGCCUCAGGUCCCACGCUGUGACUGAGGAUUUCACACCAACGUCGUCAUCUGGCGUGGAUGUCGGCAGUGGCUCUGGAGGCUCAGGGGAGGGCAGCGGACCCGGUGCUGUGGACUGCGCCCUGGUUCCAGAGAGGACAGAGCUGCCCUUGAAAAUCACCUCUGAGGAUUUCAGAACCUCAGAGAACCCAGAGGAUCUGGAAAACCAACAGCUGAGUGGUUCCAAGGCCUCCUCAAACUCCCAAGGAUGGGCUUGUGCCACCAGGAAGGACGGGGGAGAAAGAAACAAUGGGGAACAGACAUUGGGCAGUAACCUGGACCGAGUAGUUCAAAGCACCAUGCAAGAAGAGGGAGUGCAAUCAGAGAAAAUAAAAGAAGAAGAAGAAAGAGCAGAACUGCAAGAGGCUGUAGAAGGAUUUCCAGAAGAGGGAAGAGUCAUGGGACAAGAACUGUCAGGGGCUGGCUCUUGGGAUGGGGAGGGGACAGGGGAAGAUAAGAGCGUGCAGGAAGAGGAAGCAGGAAGAGACCCUGCCUCCGCAGUGCUGCACUCUCCAGAGGGGAGAGAGGAACCGACUGGGCCCCCUAGGAGAUUCAGUGAGAGGGACCCAAAUGCCAGUGGGAAUCAGAGUGGCCCCAUAGCUGAGCAUGCUUUGGAGAAGCUGCCCAGAGAAGCUGAGGCAGGCCAUGAGCAAACCCAGGCCAAGUUCACCCAGGGAGCUGGGGAGAAGGGCACUUCUACGGCCCACAGAGCAUCUCUGGACCCCGACGCCCUCUGGGUGUCCACAUUGUUGAGGAAGAUGGAGAUGGUCUUCCUGGGCCACCUCGCCAGUGCCACGGCUGAGCUCCGAGCCCGAUGGAGCCUACAGAGCAAUGACCUGCUGGACCAGAUGGUGGCUGAGCUGCAGCAGGACAUGGCCCAGCGGCUCCAAAACAGCACUGAAAAAGAGCUCCGGAAGAUCCAGAGCCAGGCCGGGGGGAAGGCGCCGCGGCCGCACAGGGAAGCCAUCAGGAGGGAGACGUCACUGCAGACGGAGCAGCGCAGGCAUCGCCUCCAGGGCCUGCGCAACCUCUCAGCCUUCACCGAGCAGACCCGACGCUGGGGGCCCCCCUCCCUCUCCCUGGAGGACGUGCCAACCCUCAGCGGAGCCCUGGGGACCUGGCUGGGUAGGGAGGCCGCCGGGGAGGAGUUCUGUCCCUGCGAGGCCUGCAUGAAGAAGAAAGUGAUUCCUACAUCCCCAAAGGACACCACGGGGGUAGCCAGCGCACCUAUCAAAGAAGGCUUUGACCUGCAGCAAAUUUUGCAGAAGAAGAAAGGAGGCUGUGCUGAUGGGGAGACAGCAGAGGCGGCCCCUGAGAAGAGAGGGUUGGAGCCACUUCAGAGGGACCCCUCUGGGACCGGGACUGUCCAGAGAGCUGAGGGAGGCCUGGAGCUGGGGUUAGGCCAGGGCCCUGAGGCGGAGGAAGAGGAGGAGGGUGAGGGCAGCCAGACCCUCGGCAGAAAUGAAGAUCCCCCAGGAGGAGAAGAGGGUGCAGCUGCUCAGAAGGGAGAAGGGAAAACAGAUUCCUGUGUAGGCAGCGACCCCGAGGGAGCAGGGUGGGAGGAGCAGGGCUCCCUCACUGGUGAGGUGAGUGAGAAGGAAGAAAACACGGAGGAGGGCUCUGGGGCUGAGGACUGUUUGGAGGGUGAAGCCUCAGGAGGAGAUGACCGAAGUCCAGGAGGACAGCAUGACGUUGCCGAAACCGCAGAGGCCCAGGAAGCUGAAGGAGAGGGACAGCCAGAGACAGGAGGAGGAAAUCAAGGUGAGAAAGACGGGAGCCCACAGAUUGGCCCGGAGCAGGGCCAGUUGGGUGAGGCUUCCGGAAACAGCAGCCCAGGCCAAGAGGGGAGGCCAACGCCACCCCCUGUCCCAGGUGCAGACAUGCCCCGCCAAAGGUCAGGCCCCAAAACAGGCCUGUCCUCCUCCAGCACAGCGUCUCCGGGAAACUGCUCUCAGCUCUCUCAGAAAGGCUCUGAAGAAGAGCCUUCAAACGGAGUCAUGAGAAGCAUUGAAGACAAGUCCAAGAGGGACCCUUGUCCAGAGAGAAAAGUCACAGGCGUGUAUCCAGAAAGCUCUACUUCUGAGCAAGAAGGGGCCACCUCGGGCUCAAGGACUCCAGAGCGAGGGACAGAUGGAGGUCUGACUCCAAAGCCAGGGGCAGGCGAAGGCUCUGACUUGAAAGCCGAGAAGGUAGUGAAAAGUCUUGCUUUCACAGAGUUGAGGUUUAAAAACCUGACCGCGGACAGGACAGAGGGCUUUGGCCAAGACGACUUAGAUUUCUAG